UUUUUUUUCUCUUUUUCUUUCCUCGAGAAUCGACAUGACUCGUUUGCUUGCUGCACGCUUGUUGAAAGGAACAAGCUUCCGUGCCGUCCGACCUUUGCGAGCCACCUCUUUCCAGACUCGCUUAUUUACAAACACUCAGCAGUAUGACGCUAUCGUGUUGGGCGCCUACACCGACGGUCCUAAAGUGGCAUUGGCCGCAUCCGAAGGCAUCACAUCCGCCACGCGUCAGACCAUUCUUGACCAGUUGGCCGUAGCCAAUUUUAAAAAGGCCGGUGACGUUCGUGUCUUGUACAAUGUUGGCGGCGUCAAACAAGUCGCCGUUGUCUCUUUGGGCAAAUCUCUACCUGCCGACCAAGAAGCCAAAGCCAUGGAAAGCGCACGCACCGCCGCCGCUCUUGGUAUUCAAGCAUUGCAUCGUGAGGCGGUGGAGCGAGUCGGUGUGGAUGUAUCGGUGGAUGCGCAUGGUGCGGCAGAAGGCGCGGUGUUGGCUCAAUUCUCCUUUGAUAAACUCAAGAAUCCCAAGUCGCAACGCAAGGAACUGUUUGUCGGUCCCUUUUCGACCCCCGCCAAAACGCAAUCUGGCUUGACAUGGGAAUCUGGCCAAGUCUACGGUACUUCGCAAAACUUGGCACGUAUGCUGAUGACUUCGCCGGCCAACUUGAUGACUCCCAAGUUAUUCACAGAAGAGGUUGCGUACCUAUUGGCCGGAUUGGAGAAUGUGGAAGUAACGGUGCAUGACGAGGAAUGGGCCAGACGCAAUAACAUGAACGCGCUAUUGUCGGUGGCCAAAGGCAGCCAGGAACCGCUCCGAUUCCUUGAAAUUCACUACAAGGGAGGCAAAGAAAACGAAGCGCCUUUUGGUCUUGUUGGCAAGGGCGUGACCUUCGAUUCAGGUGGCAUUUCCUUGAAACCUUCCAACAACAUGGCCUUGAUGAAGGGUGAUAUGGGCGGAGCUGCCACCGUCGCCGGCGCUUUGUACGGUAUCUCGAAAAUGAAGCUUCCCGUUAACGUGGUAGCCGUCACUCCUCUUUGCGAAAAUAUGCCUUCCGGUAAGGCCACCAAGCCAGGCGAUGUGAUCAAGGCCAUGAACGGCAAAUCCAUUGAAGUCAUCGAUACCGAUGCGGAGGGUCGUUUGAUUUUGGCCGACGCUCUUUAUUAUCUUAGCUCCAAGUUUGGACCCAAGAGUGUGAUCGAUUUGGCAACACUGACGGGCGCAAUGGAUGUGGCCCUUGGCAAUGUGUUUGCCGGUGUGUUUACGAAUUCGGACGAUUUGUGGAAACGACUUGAGCGAGCGGGUGAAAUGACAUCGGAUCCUUUCUGGCGCAUGCCUCUUGACGAUGGUUACUUGAAGGAGAUGAAGGAGUCGCUUGUGGCGGAUUUGAACAAUCUGGGUAAAGGUCGUUCGGGUGGCGCGUGUUCGGCUGCGGCUUUCUUGAAGGAAUUCGUAGCAGGACUCGAUUCCCCCGCCGAGGGUGAGGAACCAAAAGAGACGAACGACAAGAAUGGUGAAAUUGCUUGGGCACACAUCGAUAUCGCCGGUGUCAUGGACAGCCAAAGCACCCACGGCUAUCACAUCAAGGGAAUGAGUGGUCGACCCACUCGUUCUCUGAUAGAAUAUGCAAGAAGUUUCAAUAAAUAAAUCAUCAUGAUUUGAAACAUUCUAUUCUCGAUGAAGUUUGUUUACUG